AAUAAUUACGUUUGCUGAAGUAUUGCAUUAACCAGGCUAAAAUUUGUCUUAGUCGUUAACGAUGAGACCCCGGCCAAGCUGGAGUAUACCAACCAACACUAGAAUAACAGUACACGCUAGUAGUAUAUAUGUGCAGUGCCUGCAAUCGGAGAGGCUGCAUCUCGUACACCGCUGCAUCUCGUUUCCACCAGCCGAUCGAUCGACGAACGACGACGUACGACGACAUGGUCGCCGCCGACGAGAUCAAGCCGCACGCGGUGUGCCUGCCGUUCCCGGCGCAGGGGCACGUCACGCCGAUGAUGAAGCUGGCCAAGGUGCUCCACUGCAGGGGCUUCCACGUCACGUUCGUCAACACCGAGUACAACCACCGCCGCCUCAUCCGCUCCCGCGGCGCCGCCGCCGUGGCCGGGGUCCCGGGGUUCCGCUUCGCCACCAUCCCCGACGGCCUCCCGCCGUCCGACGCCGACGCCACGCAGGACCCGGCGUCGAUCUGCUACUCCACCAUGACCACCUGCCUCCCGCACUUCACGAAGCUGCUCGUCGACCUCGACGGCAGCCGCGCGGCCGGGAUCCCGCCCGUGACGUGCGUCGUGGCGGACGGCGUCAUGAGCUUCGCCGUCGACGCCGCCAAGGAGCUCGGCGUGCCGUGCGCGCUGUUCUGGACGGCCAGCGCCUGCGGCUACAUGGGCUACCGCCACCACCGGUUCUUCCUGGACGAGGGCCUCUCGCCUCUCAAAGAUGAAGAGCAGCUGACGAACGGGUUCCUGGACACGGUGGCGCGGCCGGCGCGCGGGAUGAGCAAGCACAUGCGCUACCGGGACUACCCGAGCUUCAUCUGGACGACGGACCGCGGCGACAUCCUGCUCAACUUCCUGCUCCACGAGGUGGAGCGCGCGGACCGCGCGGACGCCGUGAUCCUCAACACGUUCGACGAGCUGGAGCAGCAGGCGCUCGACGCCAUGCGCGCCAUCCUCCCGCCAGUCUACACCAUCGGCCCGCUCGGCAGCCUCGCCGACCGCGUCGUCGCCCCCGACGCCCCGGCCGCCGCCAUCCGCCCCAGCCUCUGGAAGGAGGACACCGCCUGCCUGGCGUGGCUCGACGGCAGGGAGCCCCGGUCCGUGGUGUUCGUCAACUACGGGAGCAUCACCACCAUGUCCAACGACGAGCUUGUCGAAUUCGCGUGGGGGCUCGCCAACUGCGGCCACGGCUUCCUGUGGAUCGUCCGCCCCGACCUCGUCAGGGGCGACGCCGCCGUGCUGCCGCGGGAGUUCCUGGAGGCGGUGGCGGGGAGGGGCCUCCUGGCGAGCUGGUGCGAGCAGGAGGCCGUGCUGCGGCACGGGGCGGUGGGCGCGUUCCUGACGCACUGCGGUUGGAACUCGACGAUGGAGAGCCUCAGCGCCGGGGUGCCGAUGCUGUGCUGGCCCUUCUUCGCCGAGCAGCAGACCAACGCGCGCUACUCGUGCGCCGAGUGGGGCGUCGGGAUGGAGGUGGGCGGCGGCGUGCGGCGGGAGGCGGUGGAGGCGACGAUCAGGGAGGCCAUGGGAGGGGAGAAGGGGAAGGAGAUGAGGCGGAGGGCGGCGGAGUGGAAGGAGCUCGGUGCGAGGGCGACGCAGCCUGGCGGGAGGUCGUUGGUCAACCUGGACAAUCUGAUCAAGGAAGUCUUGCUCCCAAGUAAAAAAUGCGGCUAGAUAGAGAUGGCCUGCUUGGCUGCUAGCUGCUGGGGUGGAAAAGAAUUACUACUGUGUUUUUACUUAUGGAUUAUUCCUGCUAGAAUAAUAUUCACCUGCUUGGAAGCAGGUGAUUCCCGGGAAGUAGGAUUGAGUUAAUUAUUUGGGGCGUCCAGGACUCCAGGAUUACUAUUUACUACUACUCGAUCUCCUUGGUUACUGAAAUUACUGUCAUAUUUUUUCUUUGUGUCCAUUAAAUUCCUGUCAUCUAGUUUUCUUAUUUUUUUCAGAGAAGACGUAGCUAAUAAUGUAUUGCCAAUUCCCAGCAAUAUUACAAUUUUUAGAGUGCAAUGGAAUGCACCUACUUAACACA